AAAGGGUUUUGCAAUUUGCCCUGACACUUCACCCCUGCCGCCCUGCUGCCGACCCCAGCCCCAUCCCUUCCCUUCCUCCUCUUCCCUUCGAGCCAUCGGAAGCCCCCGCGUGGCCACAUCGAAGAUCGGGUUCUUCAUUCUUCAGAAAUCAGAACCCUCCCCGUCCUCGUCGCCUCUUCCUCUUCCGCUUCCGCCUCCGCUCUCCAAGGAAAGCCUCGAUUGCCAAAAAAAAAAAAAAAGACUCACAACUCCAGAAUAAAUCAUCCUCUAAAUUCGAAAAGCUUCAUCGAUAUCAUCCACGAGAUGGGUAGGGGAGAAACGCGGAGGCCCGAAUCGAGGCUCGCCUCCACUGUGGAGAUACCCGAGAGGUCUAGGGUUUCCCGCUCCCCCUCCCCGCUCCCCGACGCCGACGACGACGAUCGCCGCCGCGGGCCUCGCCGGAACCCUAGAUCGGAGACCCCACCGCCGCGGCGGCGCUCCAGUAGCCCCUAUCAGGACCGCCGCCGUCGAUGGUCCCCCUACCACGAUCGCCCUUCUCGGAACGGCAAACCCUAUGGCUCCCGUGACGACGACGACUCUGAGGAGGACGAUGAGGAGCUCAAAGGUUUGAGCUACUUCGAGUAUCGGCGCCUCAAGCGCCAGAAGCUGAGGAAGAAGCUUAAGAAUUGCAUAUGGACGGCGACCCCGAGCCCUCCCCGGAGCGAGAGGGAGCAAUCCGAGCUGUUCGAUGAGCCCGAUGGUGCGUCGGAUUCGCCUGUGGAGGAGGAGGAAGAGGAGGAGAAGAAGGUAGAGAAGAAGGGGGCCAAGGAACGGAGUGCGAGCUCCGGAUCAGAUGAAUCGGAGCGCAGCGCAUCUGAUUCGGAAUCGGAAGAUUCGAGGAGGAGACGGGGAAGGAGAAGUGGAAGAGGGCGGAGCCGGCGGAAGAGGAGGUACUCGGAUUCGAGCGAGGACGCAAGCGAGAGGCGCUCUGAUGAGGAUUCGGGCUCAGAAUCGGAGAGUUUGGAUGAUUCUUUGAGCGAUGAUGAGGAUAAUAAGCGGCGUAAGAGGAGGAGCAGGAGAUCGGGGAGUAGCAGGCGGAGGAAAUCGAAAAGAAGCACUAGUAGUCGCAAGAAGAGUAGGGCUAGUUCAAGCACAGAUGAGAGUGAGGAGUUCGAUUCUAGCCCUAGACCCAAGAAGAAGAAGACCUCAACAAGGAGCAAAAAGAGCAAACAGUCGAAAUCGGAGAGCUCUUCAGACUCUGAUCCAAUUCCUGCUAAGGUUGAUUCGAAGAAACCCGAGAUCGAUCCGGAAGCGCUUAUGUUCAAGGAACUGAUCGAAGCCCAGAAGAAACCUGUUCUGGAAAAUGAGCCUCUCGUAGGGCCCGUUCCCCUCCCACGUGCGGAGGGCCACAUUAGCUAUGGUGGUGCACUUAGGCCCGGAGAAGGUGAUGCCAUUGCUCAGUAUGUGCAGCAAGGGAAGCGAAUUCCAAGAAGAGGAGAGGUCGGUCUCUCUGCGGAAGAGAUCCAGAAGUUUGAGGGCUUGGGAUAUGUGAUGAGUGGCAGCAGGCAUCAGAGGAUGAAUGCCAUUCGUAUCAGGAAAGAAAACCAGGUUUACAGCGCGGAGGAUAAGCGGGCUUUGGCUAUGUUCAAUUAUGAAGAGAAGUCAAAGAGAGAACACAAGGUUAUGGCCGACCUGCAGCGCCUGGUGCAGCGGCAUAUUGGCCAGGACGUGGGCCCUUCCCAUGAUCCGUUUGCUCUGAAGGCUUCUGAUGCUGCAGAUGGUUGAAUCACCUGUGCUAGCAAUCUUGUCCAUCGAGGUUCUUUAGCUCAUUUCUGGAUUCUCUAAGUCAGCUUUUGCAACAUUCUGAUCCAGAAUUCUCUCUCCCAUAUUAUCUGGAGUCGUAUUAUGUGCUAUGUAUUUUGGGAAACUCCCGUAAUGGUUUUACUGCUAUGGUGCUCGAGAUAAUUGUUAUGUAUUCGACCAUUUACUAUGCAUAAUAUUUUGAAGAAUUUUACUGUCAUUUUCUCUGCGUCUCUGCUGUCAAAUUGCUCGAGCACUAAACUAUGAUGUUCGUAGUGGGAGUUGCAGCGCACCCAGAUCUGUCUGUCGCUUACAGGCUGCUGUCUGAUCAAACCGUGAAUUGUUUCAAACGAAGUGUAAAGAUUCAACAAUCAGAACAAUAUAGGGGUCGGUAAUGGAUUGCAUGGUUCAUAUC